AUUUAUUUACAUUUUUGUCAUUUGAUAAAUAAUUUUUGUAUAUCAAAACAGAUAAACCUAAACUUUUUCCUUUUAUUUUACCUAUAAAAAUAGGGGACAUUUUUAUACUAAAAUAAAAUUUUAUAGUUUCAUUACAAUUAGACGCUUCUCCCUACUCCAUUAAUGGAUUUUUUCCAUCCCCACCCAAUCCCACGAGUCCAUCACCUCCUCCUUCCACAUAUAUAACAAAAAAAAAAACGUAUAAAAUACCAAUACAAAAUUACAAAUACAUUCAAAGUUCCCAAAAAAACUCACACUCACUUUGUCUUUCACCUUGAACCACUCAACCAAAAAACACAAAAUGCAAAUCCUCCAAACACCAUUCACCCUUCCAAAACCCCAAUUUCCUCACACUCAACUAUCCUCCUCCAAUUCAAUCUCCCCACUCUCUCUCCUCCCUCACUUCUCCACCCUCUCCCUCCAACACCAUCACCGCCGUCCACCAACCACUCUCAUCCGCAUGGGCGGAGGCCCAAGAACCUACCCGGGCGGCGUCUCGAAAUGGGAAUGGAAACGAAUGCAGGCAAAGAAAGCCAAGCAACUCCUCAAAGCCCGCCUCUCUCGCGAGCGUCAGAUCUACGAGAUGCGCAAGCGUGCUGAACUAAAGGCCGCUGUAUCCGAUCUUGAACGCCCUUGGGAGGUUGUUCAGAAGGGUGCUCCCAAAAGCUCAUCUUCGAUUUUCUCUGUUUCGGCUGAUGAACAAGUUAAGGUUUUAGCUGAUAGGUUUCAGAAACCUGGGGGUUUUGAUUUGUGGUCUGAAAAUGAUGGCCCUCAGAUUUUUCAUACUCAUGAGAAUUUGCCCUCUGCUAGGUUUUUUCCUAAGGGGGUUGUUCACAGUGUUAAGCCGUAUGGUAAUUGCAUCUAUGAUGGGUUUAAUUCGAGUGGAAAUCGGAAAUCGAGUGUUGGGAAUUUGAGUUCAAAGGGUGGAAUUCGGAAGCAGAAAGAGGUUCGUGGUGAGGCGGGUUCGAAAUCAAGUGCCGGAAAUUCACGCUCAAAGGGUAGAUUUCGCAAGGUGAAGGAUAGUGUGGAUGGUGGUGAUGGAAUUGGGAGGAAUUUGAUAAAUGUGAGGAGAGAAGAGGGCAUUGAGGAAGCGAAUUCGAAACCGAGGAAUGAUAAAUUGAAGGGUUAUGGAAGACGACGGACGAAUUCGAAAACUGGUGAAGAGGUAUAUGAUAUGAGCUUGCAAGGUGAUGGAAGUUAUGGUAUUAGUGGGAGCAAGAAAGAUGAUAAAUUGAGGAGAUAAAUAGGCUAUAUGUGAUGUACAUAAGUUAUUUUGAUUUUGAUAAUUUUGGUGUAUAUUUUGUACUGUGUUAGUAUUUUUGACUUUAAAGUUGAACCAAGCUGAAAUUGGACUUUUACUACCUAAAUAGUAAGUAUAUAGUCUUGUUUAUUAUGUAGAAUAACAUUGUAAAAAGGAAAAUAUUACUUCUA